AUGGGAGUAGUGGAGGAUCUUCAGGAGAUAUGUGAGUUUUUUGGAGGAAUAAAAGCGAUUAUGAGGCACCUGCGAUAACAAAAUACCUUUUGAAAAAAUUGGCUAUAAAUCUGUCGGGAAAAUAAUGAGCGUUUUGUCGCAUAAGAAAAUCGCAUCGCCGAAAAAAUGAUUUGUGUCGCGGCAAAAUCAAAUUGCUCACUUCAGCGACACAAUCGACUCAGCGACACUGCGCACAUUAUUUUCCCGACAGACUGAUAUAAUCUUCAAAACUAAAUGCAUUUUAGUGAAUUACCGGUCGAUAAAACUGCAUCCCGAACAAGAGUUUCAAAUAGACUUUGCCGUCUUUGACCAUUUGCCCGGAUGGUUGUUCAGAUAUGCCGAUAUCGACGUGGCGGCCAAUUUGUGGGACGUUUACCGAAAAUGGAAGAACGCUGAGGAACGGGACAAGGAUGUCUCGAUCUCCGCUGGAGUCUUUAGUCAGCAUGAUGGGCUGGCCAAGUAAGUUUGGGCCGUUUACAGGCAUGGCUAGAGGGCCGGGAUUUUGGGAUUUCCGGGCAUCCGGUUCAGUCCCCGUCAAAUUCGGCCUGGCCCUGAGGAUUUCUAGACCUGGUCCUUUCACAGAUUUUUUGGAUUUUGAAUGGAAAUUUUCCCGCCAUUUUGGCAAUUUUUGGCAUUGUGUUUUUUUGGCUCUUUUAGGGUGUUUUAUCGCUGCCAAGAACAUUUCAAACAGCAAAAAAAAUUUUUCGAUCUCUUUAGCCAAAAAUACAUCUUGUUGCAUAAUUCCAAUGAGCCAAAAUUGGCAUUCCUAAUUUUUGCUUCAAUGCGAAAAAACCCUAAAAAUUUUGUCGAGUCGACUCCAGAAAAGCUCGGCCGGCCCUUUUCGAGGCUUCGAAGCCGGCUCCUGCCAUGUCUGCACUUUUCAUGUGUAAUACUGCCAUAAAACCUAUCAUCACGCUGUAUUUUCAGGAAGCUUCUGAUGAUCAACCUCCUUCAUACCGUUGAAAAUGCCCAAAAAUCGACCGGCUUUUGCCGAAUACUCCUUUCGGAGCUUCAAAAAGUUCGUCAACACCAUUUUCAAGACGCUAGAGACAAGUCAGUGUCGACGUCUUCUUUUGCCCUCGAGCGAUUCUUGGCUUUUAAUACUCUAAUGAAGCUAUUUGCCACAAGCAAUGUAGAUAUUUGGGAUAUAGGUAUUGCUCGCCUCGGACAGAGCAUUUUGCGAGUUCUGGACGAUAUUUGGAGCGGAUUGGGCUCGCAAUUACUGGAUAUUGAACAUGAUGGUGAAAUUUACAUUCCGACAAAAAUUCAGCAGAUCUAUGGGUAGGUAAUGAACAAUUAUUGGCAAUCUUUGCAAAACGACCAUGAUAUUCCGUAUUUUACAAGCUUAAAAAAAUGUCUACACUUAUUCGCUCCCGUCUAUCUGACUCGAAAUUUUACGAAUUUUUUUCGAAAAAAAAUCCAAAAAACCUCAAAAAGUAUCCAAGUUAAAAAGCUCUUAGAUUUUAAUGAAAAUUGUGGUAGAUUAAGAUUAGAAUUUUUUAGGGCAUAUCCGAAAGGCAUAUCCGAAACUUUUAGCUUAUAGUUCGUUGAACUCACGGCGAUUUUUAGGUUGAAAAUGUCGCCAAAACGCGCCAAUCCCGCACUGUGCAAACUCUCAGGAGUUUUCGCCCCUGAUACUAAUAAACUUUUUUCAAAAUUUUUUUCAAAAUGACUUUCUUAAUCCGUAUUUUACACGCCGAUAAUUUCUAGAACAUUCCUUGCACAUUUCCAAGCCAUUCUCCAAGCCAUGGUCGAAGAUUAUGAUGACAUUCUUGAUUGCUCUCAAUGUCUUUCCCAGUCGCAUUGCGAAUUCCACGACAAAACUAUGAAACGGUUUCCGAGAUUACCGCUACUCGUCAAGGAUAUGAUCAUGUAAGUGAUAACCGCUCUUCAGUUUUCGCAUACUCUCUCAACGGUCAUUGAAUAUCUCGGCUGUCCUUAAAAAAAAUUAGCUAAAGCAUAUAAAAUAAUACUUUUUUUCAGCGAAAAACUAGAUGGAUCGGAUCUAGCCAGCCUUAGGGCAUGCUCACAGCAAGCGCUAUAUUUGAUUGAUACCAAUUUCCGGUCGAAAUUCAUUGACCAUUCCGUCUAUCAACGGGCCGUCCAUUUUGUCGAUAGUCAGGUAAGAAGGGGUAAUGUAUCAAAAUAUUUGUGAACUCAGCGUUGCAAUUUUUGUGUUUUUCAGAGGUUGAUGAGCUUAUUUAACAACUACAAACACGAUUUUGCCCGAAAUCUGAGGCCUUUUGCAUUUUUUGGGAAGUUGACGAAAUGUCACAAAAGUUAUUGAUUUUUUCGACAUUAAAUUUUAUGGUAAUUUUUCUCUGCUACAAUCGUAUUUUACUACAGCUAUGUUACCGCCAAAUUCCAAAAAAUGAGUUUUUCAAGCGCAUUUUUGAUUCGACGAAAUGUCACAAAAAAUAUUGAUUUUUUGGAAAUUGCAGAUUUUAUCUGGAAAAGUCUCCUCUCAAAAUAAAAUCAACCUUUAUAAUAUUUGUUUUGUAACCAAAUUGAUAAAAAUAAGUUUCCAAGAGCAUUUUGGGUUUGACGAAAUGUCACAAAAAUUAUUGAUUUUUCCGAAAAACCUACAUUUCAAAAAAAAAAUGAAAAGAUAAGUAGUGUGUUUAAUUUUGCUCCAAAAACUAUUUAAAUCGUUCUUAUGCUCGAUUUCUUACUAUUUAUAUAAUAUUUCCAGACCGUCGAAUGGCGGAACGAAUACCCUUCCCGCCAUACCAAAGAUGAAUAUUCCCAGCUCUCCGCAUCGACCUUUUCUCGGAUCUCCCACUUGUAUCCAGUCCAUUCCCUCCGCGGGCUCCCGAAAUCCCUUCCGCAGCUGGAAUUUUGCCUGAGUUCGCGGCUGGAGCAAAUCGAUGUUAACUUGCAUUCCAUGCAGGACUUCCGAGAGGCCAUUUUGAAUCUGUUCGUGAAUUCGGAGUUCUUCAUCUUUGUGCAGAGGAUCGUCGUGCAUGCUGAUGACUUCAUUUUCGACGAGGAAAUGCCCACUCCGCCCGGGUUUGAGGUGCAAUGCGCAAAGCCGUUUUUGAUGAUUUACCAGCGAAAUGGCCGCCAGACAUUCGAAAUGAUGUUUUGA